GCAACACCUCCAUGAUCCGGACGAGUAGUUGCCAAGUAACACCAGCACGUACAGUACCAUGGCAUCCGGUGCUUCACGAACCGUCAGGUUUCAGAGCGACGUCGACGUGAAGCACUUCAGAGCGAGCCCCUUGGAGAGCCCGCAACCACCGUCGGCGGGCAGAAAGCGCAGCAGAUCCCAUGACCCGAGGCGGUGCUGGCCGGGAUCCCGUGACUCCCUGGAGAAACCGCACCCGCGCACGAGCGGCGGCAGGGCCCUCAAGGACAGGGUGCUGUCGCGGGCCUUCUCGGAGGAGCUGGAGUCGCUGAUGCACGCCGGCGGCGACCGCCACCUCUUCUUCUUCUUCGACCCGCGCGGGCAGGUGGUCCACCGGUGGCACAAGGUGUUCCUGGCCGCCUGCCUCGCGUCGCUCUUCGUCGACCCGCUCUUCCUCUACCUCACGGGGACGCGGCGGGACGCGUGCGUCGGCUUCGACUACUCGCUGGCGCUCACGCUCUCCAUGAUACGCUCGCUGCUGGACGUCUUCUACGCCGCGCACAUCGUCAUCCGCUUCCGCACCGCCUUCAUCGCGCCGUCGUCGCGGGUGUUCGGGAGAGGGGAGCUCGUCAUCAACCCGUACCAGAUCGCCAGGCGGUACCUUGCAUGGACCUUCUGGUUCGAUCUCUUCACCGCGCUACCACUGCCGCAGUUUGUGGUGUGGGUGGUGGUGCCGAAGCUGAGGGAAUCGGCAAUCACAAACAUGAAGAACGUGCUCCGCUUCAGCAUAAUUUUCCAGUACCUGCCGCGGCUGCUACAGAUCUUCCCGCUGACGAGGCGGAUCGUGAUGGCGACGGGGGUCAUGACCGAAAACGCCUGGGCCGGAGCAGCCUACAACCUCAUACUCUACAUGCUAGCCAGCCACGUGCUGGGAGCACUGUGGUACCUCUUCUCGGUGCAGCGGCAGGAGUCGUGCUGGCGGCAGGCGUGCCGCGUCGAGGGCCCGCCGUGCCAGGACAUCUUCUUCGACUGCGCAAGCACGAGCACGGUGGUGAGCAGCAACCGGAACCGGAGCGUCUGGUACGCGCUCACCAACGUCACCAGGCUGUGCGCCCCCGGCAACAACGGCUUCUACCAGUUCGGGAUCUUCGGCGAGGCGGUGGACGCGCAGCUCACCACCUCCUCCUUCACGCACAAGUACUUCUACUGCUUCUGGUGGGGGCUCAAGAACCUCAGCUGCCUGGGCCAGAACCUCAACACCAGCCUCUCCAUCGGCGAGAUCAGCUUCGCCAUCGUCAUCGGCGUCCUCGGCCUGGUGCUCUUCGCGCUGCUCAUCGGCAACAUGCAGUCCUACCUCCAGGCCACCAUGGUGCGGCUGGAGGAGUGGCGGACCAAGCGCACGGACAUGGAGCGCUGGAUGCAGCACCGCCAGAUCCCGCAGCCGCUCAAGGAGUGCGUCCGGCGCUACCACCAGUACAAGUGGGUGGCCACCCGCGGCGUCGACGAGGAGGCGCUGCUGGAGGACCUCCCCAUGGACAUCCGCCGCGACAUCAAGCGCCACCUCUGCCUCGACCUCGUCCGCCGGGUGCCGCUGUUCGACGAGAUGGACGAGCGCAUGCUGGAGGCCAUCUGCGAGCGCCUGCGCCCGGCGCUCUACACGCGCGGCACGCGCCUGGUGCGGGAGCUGGACCCCGUCGACUCCAUGCUCUUCAUCAUCCGGGGCCACCUCGACUCCAACACCACGCAGGGCGGGAGGUCCGGCUUCUUCAACUCGUGCCGCAUCGGGGCGGGGGAGUUCUGCGGGGAGGAACUGCUCACCUGGGCGCUCGACCCGCGGCCCGCCGAGGCGCUGCCGAGGUCCACGCGCACCGUGCGCGCCGUCUCCGAGGUCGAGGCCUUCGCGCUCGUCGCCGAUGACCUCCGCUUCGUCGCCUCGCAGUUCCGGCGACUGCACAGCGCGCGCAUCCGCCACAGGUUCCGAUUCUACUCCCACCAGUGGCGCACAUGGGCGGCGUGCUUCAUCCAGGCCGCAUGGCGCCGCCACAAGCGCCGACGCGCGUCCAUGGAGCUCAGGGUGCGCGAGGGCGGCAGCGACGCGUGGCCGGGAGGGAGCGUCAGGCGCCGUCGACACAGUUGCGACGGCAAGGCGCUCAAGAAACCCACGGAGCCGGAUUUCACGGUGGAGCAAGAGGACUGAAAUGUUUCUUGCUUUGCUUUCUGAGCUGGCAACGGCGUCAUUAGUUUCCGCAAAAGUCAAAACUUCACAAACUUUGAUCAAAAUUAUUUGAAAAAAUAUCAAUAUCUAUAAUAUCAACCAUACAUCAUA